AUGGUUCUCAGUGCGUCUUCCCUUCGUAAGUUCAGCAAAAGCGGUUCCAAGCCUCUCCCCCCUGCGGAACCAGGCUCUCGCGCCCGUCACUCCAUCCCUGGUCCCACAUCCCCAGCGCGUUUCUUCAGCCUCUUUGCGUUUUCCCUCCUCCGCAAGCCCAUGUUUGUAGACCCCUCGGUGAAAGCGGGCAUCUACCUAUGCGGUGCCGCCGCUGGCUCCUUGAUUUUCGAUUUCCUUAAGAUGCCAGCCUCCUACUUUUCACAUAAGCGCAAUGCUUUUAAUCUUCUCUUCGUCAAGUGGGGUUGGGGUUGGACCUUCUGCUGCCUCUCCAUCUUUAUCCUCAUCUCCACGUACAUUUACACUGGGGGAAAUCGUCGGCUUAUCCGUGCACAUCUAAUGCGUCUCCUUGUUGGUUCAGCCUGCUGGUACGCUUGUACAGGAGUGUUUAACACUGUGGAGUAUAGUUUUGGGAGUUGUUAUAACCCCAACGGCACACUUUUUCGAUCCCCCUACUCACUUCGGCCAUUUAAUCGUCGGUCUUGUCGACAAGCGAAAGGAUAUUGGCUUGGGUUUGAUAUCUCGGGACACUGUUUCCUUCUCACCAUGUCGAAUCUCUGGAUACUUGAGGAAUUGAGGGUGAUGCGAUCGUGGAAUGUUCUUGGUGCCUUGUUGGACGUGAGCACGCAUUCCGACGAUCUGGACUCUUCUACCGCCACUGCUGCGCCACGACUGCCAAAUGUGAGUCCAGAUACGGUGCAGGCGAUGCGAUCCGCGUAUGUUCGACUGACGCUGAAUCUAAGAAGUGUCUUCUGUGCCACAGCAUGCCUCUCUUUGCUGUGGGACUUUAUGCUCCUCGCAACAAUUGUCUAUUUUCAUUCGAUGCCGUCAAAACUGUUGGGUGCAUCGGUGGGAAUUUCCUGCUGGUUUGUAUGCUAUCGUGGCAUCUUUCCCAGUUUACCAGUGGGAAGCGUUGGCGGUUUGGCGCCAGGAAUGCCUGGAGACGGACCGGUUCAUUUUGUCGCAAAGCGCUAG